GCCGGGCGGCUAAGCAGACGGACGGCGAAGUUUGCUCGUCUGCAGCUGGGCUCUGCAGGCAAUGGGUCCCGGCGGGAGGAAGCGAAAGGCGCCCCUCGAGGGCGGCGGCGGCGGCAGCAGCAGCAGCAGCAGCGGUUCCGAGCAGGGGCCGCCGCCGCCGCCCAUCUCUCUCUUGCCUCCGGAGCUGCUGAUCAAGAUCUUCGAGUACCUGGACGACGAGGACCAGGUCCAGGUGUCGCAGGUGUGCCGCGACUGGCAAGCCGCUGCCUACCAGGUCUUGUGGUGGCGUGCGGAGGCCCCCGUGUCCCUGUGCCAACUCCGCGCCGAUCCUUCGCUGCUGGCCAACCUGGCAGCCUGGGGCAUCCGUCGGGUGCGGAUCGUGAUGACGCCCUGUGUCACCAUGGGCCCCGUCACCCACGCAAGCUGCACCCCCGAAACCUACAGUGAGCUGUGCCGGGCUUUGCGGGCUGGGCUGCCCUCCCUGCGGGCGCUGAACAUGACCGGGUGCCCAUCCGUCACCAAGAGGAGCCUGGCGCAGAUUGCCAAGCAUCUCAAAGGCCUGGAGGAGCUGGUGCUGUUCGGGUGCAGGCAGGUGAGUGACGCGGGCCUCCUGCUCCUUGGCAACAGGCUGCGGCACCUCAAGAAGCUCAGCCUGGACCACUGCGGCCUGGUCACCAACGUGGGCGUAGGGCACUUGGCGGGCAUCACGGCAAGCGGCUGCCUGCAGCUGGAGUGCCUCAGCCUAGAGAACUGCGACCGACUCAACGAUGUUGCCGUCCACUACGUGGCCCAGGGCCUCCCCCGCCUGCGCUACCUAAGCGUCCGCUUCUGUGGGGGUAUCAGGGAUGGGGCUUUGGUGCCCCUGUCACGCCUGAGCAGGCUGAGAACCCUCAACCUGAGCUUCUGCCAGAGAAUCACCGAUGUGGGCGUUGGGCACAUCGCGGGCAUCACUACCGACGGCUGCCUGGAGUUGGAGGAACUCGACCUGGCAGGCUGCGGCCAGCUCAGCGAUCUUGCCGUCCGCUACGUGGCCCAGGGCCUCCCCCGCCUGGUCCACCUCAGCCUCCGCUUCUGUGGGGGUAUCGGGGAUGGGGCUCUGCUGUCCAUGUCGCUCCUCAGCAGGCUGAAGAGCCUCAACCUGAGCUUCUGCCAGAGAAUCAGCGACGUGGGCAUUGGGCACCUUGCGGGCAUCACCAGCCGUGGCUGCCUGGAGCUGGAGGAGCUCGAUCUUGAGGAAUGCGAGCGGCUAACCAAUCUCGCCUGUCGGUAUCUGGCCCAGGGCCUCUCGUGCUUGCGCCACCUCAAACUCUGCUGCUGUGAGAAGAUCAGGGACGAGGCGCUGCUGUUCCUGUCGGGCAUGAGGAGCUUGAACAUCCUCGAAGUAAGCUACUGCAAUAUCACCGAUGAGGGGAUUGGGCACCUGGCAAGGGGGUGCUUGCCCCUUUCUACCUUGAACAUUACCUGCUGCGAGACUCUGGGAGAUGCAAGUCUGGCUUAUAUCGCACAGGGUUUGGGCAGCCUGCGCAAGCUCUACCGCUGUGGUUGCAACUUCAGCCUAAACGGCAUGCUACAACUGGAGCAACAGAUGCCUGAACUGUCGAUUCUCUGAGGCUGAUGCUCAAAACAGCUAUGUAAUCUUCCAACAGUUUGCCUACUGACGUAGCUAGGAUAG